AUGACUGCUUCCUCCUCCUCCAAGCUCUGGCAGCCUCUCCAGGUUGGCCGCACCCAGAUCUCGCAGCGCAUCGCCCUGGCGCCGCUGACUCGCUUUCGCAACGACGAUGAACACGUCGCAACCGACAUCAUGACGCAGUAUUAUGCCGAGCGCGCCUCGGUGCCCGGCACGCUGCUCGUGACCGAGGCCACAGGCAUCUCACCCGCCGCCGAGGGCGCGGCCAACCUGCCCGGCGUGCACAGCGCCGCGCAGAUCCAGGCCUGGCGCAAGGUCUACGACGCCGUCCACGCAAAGGGCAGCGUCGUCUUCCAGCAGAUCUGGCACCAGGGCCGUGCCGUCGACCCCGAGUACGUCGGCUCCCGCGGCUUCAAGUACGUCUCAAGCUCCGCCAAGGUCAUGCCGGGCCGCGACGUCGCCCCCGAGCCGCUGACCGAGGACGAGAUCCUGACCAUCAUCGACGACUUCCGUCAGGCGGCCCGCAACGUUGUCGAUGCCGGCGGCGAUGGCGUCGAGAUCCACGGCGCCCAUGGCUACCUGAUUGACCAGUUUACACGCGACAGCGUCAACGAGCGCACCGACAAGUGGGGUGGCUCCGUCGAGAACCGCGCGCGCUUCCUGCUCGAGAUUGUCAAGGCUGUCAGCGACGAGAUUGGCGCCGACCGCACGGCUCUACGUCUCAGCCCCUUUGCCUCGUUCCAGGACUCCGUCUCAUCCGACACUUGGACUCAGACAAGCUACAUUUUGAACCAGAUCAAGGCUCGGGGUCACAAGCUCGCCUACCUGUCGCUCGUCGAGCCCCGCGGCGACCCCGUCCUCCUCUUCCUUGGACCUCAACAGGUCGACCCGUUUGCUGGCGGCGAAAAGUCGCUCAAAUACUUUUUGCGCCAGUGGGACAACUUUAGCCCCGUGAUUGUCACCGGCGCCUAUGAUCUCGACGGUGCCGUGCCCGCCGUCGACGAGGAAUAUGCCGAGUGGGAUGUCAUUGUUGGCUAUGGCCGUCCCUUCAUCUCCAACCCGGAUUUGGUGUUCCGCAUCAAGAACAAGAUUCCGUUUACGGCCUACAACAGAAAGACCUUUUACCUUCCCAAGGUAGCCACAGGCUAUAUCGAUUACCCCUUCAGCGAGCAGGCUCUGAAGGCCGGUCUUGGUCCUCUGAGGGCUGAGAUCAAGCUCUAG